AUGGAGAUUGAUUUUGAGGUUGGUGAUAAUGGUUUCAGUAGAAUAUCUGAUCAAUUACUCGAGAAAAUCGAUUCUUUAAUAAGUGGAAUUGAAGAAUAUCACUCGCCACAUACAAUUGUGAAACUAAGUAAACUUAUAGGGCAAUUUGAAGUAUCUCCGGGCCUUUUAGAUUCCAAGUUGUCAGACUAUAUAACCCAGUUGAGUGGUAAAUUCAUUAAAUUUCAAGAGAAUGAAGGUAGCAAUAGCAUCACUAAUGCAAUAUCUAACGUGGUAUAUAACUUAUCCAAAGUAAGGGGUUUUAAAGUCAUCACAAAUUUCUUCGAUAGCGAUAUUGAUUUGAUAGGUAAGAUGAUAAACAUCUUGAAGAAAGAGAGAAAUGAUGAUGAAAUUUUCAUGUGUUUGAUAUGGAUGUGUACUUUGGUACUUAUACCGUUUCCAUUGGAAGAUAAAAUGAUCCAGGAGAUCAUGCAAUUAGGUUUAAAACAUUUGGGAAAGUUUUCUAAUGGAUCCAAAAAUCAACAAGUAUCACUGAUAAUGAUAUCGAGAUUCUUGAGUCGUCAAGAUAUGAUGGUCAUAGAAAGACAAUACUUUGAUGGUCUUGACUGGUAUGAAAUUCAGGAAAACGAGAAGUUGGGUCAUUUAAUGGUUAUUAACAAAUUACUUAAGAUUAAGAAUAUGGACGAACAUAUCGACAAAGUGAAUCAAUUCAUUAGGUUUGAAAUGGUGAAUAUGAGAAUAAAAUCUACCAAUACACUCAAUGUACUUUUGAUGAUUAAGAUUUUGGGGAAAAUAGGUGAUAAGUAUGCCAUUAAUGAUGAUUUCAUUUCCUUGGAACAGGUGGUGAAUAAUUUGAUCAAUGGCUUCAUGAUGUAUUUGAAUGAGUCUUUUCAGACUCCUUUGAGGUAUGCUAUGGCCAAAUCUUUGAGUAGAAUAACGACUAGACUUUCGAAUAUUCCGAAUUAUCAACAACAGGUCAUUUUAUAUCUACUUGGUAAAAUCGAUUUGCAACCAUCAGCCUUCAAAGAACUUGAAGUUAAUGCUGAUACAAUUUCUAUCCCUAAAUAUCACACCAUUCUAUUGUAUAUCGGGUACGUGGCACUCAACAAAUCGUUGCCAACGAAUUUGAUACCCACUAUUUUGAGUGUAGUACAUAAAACACUUUUUGUACGGCAAAAUAUCAAUGCCACCAACCAAUUGAAGGACACUUCUUGUUUUAUAAUUUGGGCAAUACUUAGAAUGGUGGGAAAAAGGUUUAAAGAGUUGAACGACCAUUCAAUGUUUAAUACCAUUCUAAAUGAUUUAGUUGAAGCUAGUAUUUUUGAUAAAGAUUUGAUCAUCCGAAGAUGUGCUGUGGCUGUAAUACAGGAGUUUGUUGGGAGAUAUGGUCAACUAGUAAUAGAAGGAAGCCCUGAAUUCAAGGGUAAAAAAGUCAUUGAAUUGAUCGAAAUCUUCACUUCAACUUCAGUGAGUACUUUGGAAGUAUCCUUUGACAAUCUUGAUCGCUUAUUGGAGAUUGGAUACAACAAGGGUUUCAUAAUCAAUAUGUUACUCAGAAAUUUGGAUGAAGAUUUCAAAUACCAAAAACUCGUCACCAAGAAAUUAAACGAGUUACUUAAAUGGGAGUCCAACGAUGAAUUGAACAUCGGUAUCAGCCGCCCAGUUGCUUUAAUUCCGGAAAUAAUGACCAAAUUUGACAAGUUGGAACAUUCUUUAUACUUCAAAAGUGAAUUGAGUUUAAAUUUUGGGGUGAACAUUCAAACAAAGGAAUUUAACGAGGAAUUCAUUACUGAUCACAUCAAAUUUUUGGAAGUUUGUUGUCAUAAUGACACAUUUAACGCCUAUGAAGCAAUAUUUACUCAAAUAAUACAGAGCCGUAAAGAAAUCAGUAGAGAAUUGAUGGUUUUGUUUGGAGUUAUGACAACCUAUAAUUAUUCCUUUCCUCAUAGUUCAUUCAAAACUUUGAGCCAUCAUUUUUCAUUAUCAGUAGCAAAGAGUAUAUUCUAUCUGAACUUAACCCGUGAUCAAGUCAAUGCAUUAGUUGAUGUAAUCAAUUCUGAAAUUAAUUUUGAGGUAAGAUUUAAUCUCAUUGAUUGUUUAAGAGUAAACAUCACCCGAUUUUCAGUGAACUAUGAUAUAUUGGCUAAUUCUUUGAACGAUUAUACUAUAACUGAACAGGGUGAUGUGGGAAGUCGAAUUAGAGGAUCCAUAAUGGAACUCAUUGACCAGAAUGUUCAACAUUUUACCAAGAGUACUGCUGACUUGAUCAGAAUUUGUGGUGAACCUAUCAGUAAAUUGAGAUAUCAAGCAUUUCGGAUCAUAAUAAAAAUGAAAAAUUUGCAUAUUGACCUAAAAGAUUCUGAAGAUCAACAAUACUAUAAUCAUCUUUUCAGUAUCUAUGAUAUUCUCAGUCAAGAAGAAGUAUCCCAAUUCUGGAAAGGAAUUGUCUUGAGCAUAGGAGGAUUGACAGGAGAUAAAUCCAACUUAACAUAUUCUUUCAGAGAGUUUUUAAGAUUUUUCCACAAACAUGAUCAAAAGGUUAUACUUAAAGAAAUUUUCAAACUACUCACCAAAAAGACUCAAGAACUGGCCAAAAUCUUGAAAGAAUACAACCAAGCACUCAAUUUGAUAAUCAAAUUAUUUGAAGUAUCAACUCCAUUCCCUAAAGAAUAUUUGAAACCAUUAUAUGUGAAAUGUUACAAUUUACAAGUGAAUACCAGUAAUAUUCAAAGAAUCAAAUUAUCAUUAAAAGUUAUGCAAUAUUUAGCAUUGACACAAGAGAAAGAAGUUAUUAAACUUAGCAUGAAGAGAAUUCAAAAUCUUCUCAUAAAUCAUAAAUCUCCCAUAAUAAGAACCGCAUGCAUGGAAAUCUUAUAUGAAAUAAUGUUAGAAGAUCCAAUAAGUAUUCAAAUAGAAUCAUUAGAUAUAAAUGAUAUCAACAGAAUCAACAGCAUAAAUCAAUAUAUUUUGAAUAAACUACUACAUAACGAGUCAUGA